UUUUGCAACCGGACCAUUGAGGUGUUGUUGAAGAAGUAUGGAAUCAAGCAUAAGGUUGCUACGCCUUAUCACCCCCAAACAAGUGGACAAGUUGAGCUAUCUAAUCGUGAGAUCAAGAGAAUUUUGGAGAAGUCUGUUGGACCAUCACACAAGGAUUGGUCUCAACGAUUGGAUGAUGCUCUUUGGGCCUAUAGGACGGCAUACAAGACUCCUCUUGGCAUGUCACCAUUUCGAUUAGUUUAUGGCAAGACGUGCCAUCUUCCUGUGGAGCUUGAACAUCGUGCAUGGUGGGCUGUGAAGAAUUUUAACAUGGACAUUGAUGAGGCCGGAUUGCAUAGGAAGUUACAAUUGCAUGAGCUUGAAGAGAUUAGAAAUGAGGCAUAUGAUUCGGCAAUGGUUUACAAGGAGAAGACUAAGACAUUACAUGACCGCAUAAUUAGGAAGAAAUACUUUGUCGUUGGGCAUAAAGUUCUUUUGUUUAAUUCUCGACUUAGAUUGUUUCCGGGCAAGCUCCGUUCUAGGUGGCUUGGACCGUUUGUUGUUACUAAUGUUUUUCCUUCUGGUGCUAUUCAGAUCAAAAGUAUUGUGCAUGGAAAGGAAUUCACGGUCAAUGGACAUCGCUUGAAGUCGUACUAUGACAAUUUCGUUGAGCAUAACAUGGAGGAGAUCUCUCUCCUUGAUCCUACGGCAAGCACGUGA